AUGAUAAUAUUUUUAACAUGCACAAACUGUAUUCCAAUUGACGAUAUCUUUGCAAACGUUAAUAAAUAUUGCAGAAAUAAAGACAGAUUAAUUACAUCUGAAGAGAACGACGAAUAUUUGCUUGUCAGUGCCGAAAAUGACACGACUAUUAUGCUAACAUGUCGUUAUUGCAACGAGGACGAAGAAGUCCAACAAAAAAUUUGGUACUAUCAAGAACGGUAUCGAGAAAGACCAGAAAAAAAAGUCGAGCUGGGGAUGGAUAACAAUAUUUCGUACAGUAGAAUCUACACAACGCCAGAUUUUUCUCUAGUCAUCAGAAGCUUUUCAGUAGCUGACGCUGGCAUUUAUCGAUGUCACGGAGAAGAAGAGCAGAAGGAUGAAAAUAAAUAUAAUUACAGAAUCGAACCAAUUCUCAAAGAUAUUAGCGGCACAUUUGUGGAAGAAGGGAAUAUAACUGAAUGGGAGAAAUAUCGCGAAACAUAUUUGUGGCCUGUCACUAUGAGAUUUUCAAUGCAGUUGCAUAUACAGGUCUCGCAAAUGACGGACUUGGUCGAAAUUCGUGAGGAAGGAGUAACUCUUCAAGUAAUAUCCGAAUGGGGUCCUUGGAGUCCGUGUAAGCAGUGCGUUAAUAGCCGCGGAAUUAAAACCAGCAGAGGCUACUGCCGAUUAAAGCGCAAUAUAAAUUCGACAAUGAUAAAAAGAAACGACUCGACUAUUGUACGCUUUUUUCGAGAAUCUCCAAUACUUCCCUGCAAAUCCAUUCUGCUUCAAGAUGAAUUUCCUAGUAUCAGUCGUAUUGUACGAUACUUGCCAGAAUUUAUCUUAAAAGAAUUUUGUAAGAAAUGUCCACUGAAGAAAGGACGAAAAGGCGAGAAGUUUCGAUAUAAGAAGCGAUAUGUUCUCGCCGAAGGCGCGCAUCUCGUCAUUGCUUGUCCAGAAUCGAGUACAGCAUCGCAAGUAAUUUGGAAAAAAGACGCGCUUACCUUGAAAAAGGGAACAAGUCGGUCAUUUCGCGAAAAAAAUACAGAGGCUCGAAUGAUGGUAGACACUUUCUCAACGCUCUAUUUAACAGAUGUGUCCAAAGAGAUGCAGGGCAAUUAUGUCUGUUAUGUAGAUAACAUCAGCAUGAUGCGCUUGAAAAUCAUUAUCGUGUCCAAGACUCGUUUUUUGACACAAGGCAUUCUUCGAAGAUGCGUAAGCUGUAGGUCGAGAGGAGAAUUGGGUUCCUGCAAGGAUCCUUUCACUAUGAAUUCUACGCAGAUCACGUUUGAAAAAGGCAUAGACGUAGUGCCAUGCGUCUCUGGAUGGUGCGGAAAAAUCAUCGAAAGUCCAAAUUUAAAUAACGAAUACGGUACCGCUACACAGAGAUUAUGCUUUCAACGCGGCCCUGACGACACCGAAGAGAGAUGCGCUUAUACUGUGUGGAAUUACAAGAAAGUUUACAUGUGCCUCUGCUACGGAGAUUUUUGCAACAAAACAACGAGGACGAGCAUUGCCAGUAAUGUUUUGAUAGCGACAGCAAUAUAUCUAGCACGGUGGCUCAUUUGAAGAUACAAAUGACAUUAUUCUGUCAUGAACAGAGUAAAGUGAUCGAGCUCUCGGCGAGUUCUUUGUUGAAUACGUAUAAAUUUCCACGAGAAUCGACGAUAUGAAUCUCGUGGAUGUGUGUGCAAUAAUGUGUUCUUUUUUAUAAUGCAUAUUAUAAAGUAAUCAUAUCACAAGUGAGAUUGUAUUUGAGUAUUAGAUGCAUUUAUAUUUGUAUUUUAGCUUAUAAUUGUAGAACAAUUUUGUGAUUCAAUACAAUUUAUUGAUAUUACAGCAAUUUCUCUCUCGUAUUAAUUUAGAAAUUUAUGAUUUUGCGCGCGUCAAUCGUCACUUAAUCAAUUACUCUUCUUUCUUUUCUUGCUUAUAUAUUCAGAAAUCAAUUCAUAAAUAUAAAUUGUUAGAUAUACGAGAGUGUUGCAAUUUCAAUAAUUUGUAUUUGCUUACGAAAAUUCGUGUAAUUAAUUUUUAUCAUUUAAGAUCAAUUUUCGAGAAAUCAAUUAUUCGACAUUGAUUUUAUUGACG